AACAGUUACUACUCCGACUCGGACGACCUUGACAUACGAGUCUCGAGGCGACGAGCACCGUCGCCUUCACAGGUUCACUAUGUCGAAGCGAGACCAAGACCCCCUGCUAGGAACUACUACCCGUCAGCAGGCCAACAGCCUAGCUUCUUGGCUCCGGAGCGCACAGUCAUCACCACCCGCACCCGAUCAAGAGAGCGUUCCCGUGAGCGCCAUUCUACUCCACCAGGUGGCCCCGCUCCGGCUCCGAUUCCGGCCCCGGCCCCGGCUCCUGUGAUAAUCAACAACCGUAUCUACAACGAACACUCGUCCGAUGAUGAGGACGACCGCCAUAUGCAGGUCUACCGCAAUCGUCACCGGUCUCACUCCCGUGGCCACUCGUCUCAUUCUCGGUCACCUUCGUCCUCUUACAUGACCCGGGAGGAUUAUGAGGCAGAACGGGCUCGGCAGGAGCUAGCAGAACUCCGAAUCUGUCAGGCUCGCGAGAAAGAAGAACGCCGGGUCCAAAAAGAGUUCCGGGAGGAAGCCGAACUCCAGCGCGCCAAGCGCGAUCUCGAAGAUAUCCGAACUCGUGAGGCUCGCGCUGCCGAAGAACAGCGCUUCAAAACCAAGAUCGAGUUGGAAAAGUACCAAGAGGACAUGCGCAAGUCAGACUUAACCAAGAAGCGAGAAAAGGAGGCUGCCGAUGCUGUGGAACGCUACAAGAGAAAGGAGGCAGACCGCAUUGCGCAAGAGAAGAGGGAGAAGGAGCAGCGUGAGAAGGAGUUCCAGCAGAGGCUCAAGGAAGAACGUCAAAAGGAGCUGGACAAGCUGGCCAAGGAAAAGAAGGAGAAGGAGGAGCGUGAGAAGGAGUACCAGAGACGCCUCCAGGAGGACCUACGUAAAUCAGGUCUCGAUGACAAGGCCAUUGCCGCCAUCCUCAAGAAGGAGAAGAUUCCGGAGCCACCGAGGCAAAGGCCGGCCCAACAUGAUCACGCGCUCGUUCCCGCCAAUCGCCCAACCUACACGCGCAUGGCACGGAAACAUCUAUCGAUCGAAACCUUGAGGACAUACCAGGUCGAAUGGGAAAUGGAUGUUGACCCCGACUACGUGCUCAUCAGACGAUGGGUCCCGGAAUGGGAGCAAGACACCCUUUGGAGACACACCAGGUCGGUUCGCGAGAAGCGUUCAUCCAAGCUCGUACUCGAGAUCGAAGACAAAAAGCCGCACCGCCUCGAACCAGAGUUCGAGUGGGUCAGGAAGAAGAGUGACCGGAAGAGAAGCAAGUCGCCCGCACUCCUCAUGUAUCUUGCAGGGGCGAAACCGGCUUGA